UCAAUAUAUUUGCAUUAAGUGUACACUUUGUUUCAUUUAUACCUGUAAUAUUCCACGAGAUCUGUACUAUGGGAAACACUUGGUACUCGUGACAGACCCAGAGAUCGUAGAAGAAGCCUAUGCUUUCGACAAUCCCUGUUUCAAGGAUGUCACCACAGCGACGACCAAUCGAACCCGAGAAGGUGUGGUAUCUAUGGCAUCCGGCGACACUCCAGGUAAAGAUUCUGUACGAUGGUCUACAUCUUGGACGUCCUUGGGUCUAGGAUCAACUAAUCGCAAUGAUAAGCGAAAAGCUCUCGACGAUUCUUACGUUGGUCCUAAAGCCACGAAAGUUAACGUAGUUAGCCUAAAGAGUCGGGACUUCACGGGACUUGGAUUUAACAUUUGCGGCAAUAUGAGGGAAGGCAUCUUUGUUAAGGAUCUCCUGCACCGUGGACCUGCAUCAGAAUCCGGCCGCAUACAUCCAGGAGAUCGCAUCGCCAGUGUAAAAAUCAGUUUCCGCAGCAUGGUGUACGAGGAUGCCUUGACGAUCUUAAGUUACGCGUCGCCGUACGACGUAAAACUCGAGGUCGAAAGCGGCGGCACUGGCUCGAAGCCGACCACGCUCCUGAAGAAAAGCGUCGGCCCUAGCGCAGCAAGGAUCUGCCAUCCCCUGUACAGAAGCCAGUCGAUCCCGGAGCUAUCCCAAUCAAAGUGCAUCGCGAAAAGACUGUUCAUCGUCGACCCGAACGAGUCCGUCUGCUCAAGCUACUCGACGAUGAACUCCACGUUGAAAUCCUCGAAAUCAACGCCUAUCGGCCAGUACGAAAAACGCCAGGACUCGGAGUCCAAGAGUAACCAUCAAAAGUUUGGAAUCAAAGUCCUCCCAGCCCUCGAUGGCACGGUCCAUCGUAUCGAGAAUCAAAACGAGCACAACACGAACCUCGAGAGACGAAACUCGAAGAAGCUAGACACGGAGAAAUUCCUGUCGAACUCGAGCAAAGGUGCUCUAUUGGGCAACGAUAAGAAAGAGGAAGCUCAACGGCAACAGAACGCGCCAGGAUCCAGUACCCCGAAGAUGAGGACAGACAUCUUCGAGGAUCGCGGGGUGGAUUCGUUGGACACGGUCGGUAAAGAAGGGAAUGCGUCAGUUCACAUACCGUCGGAAGUGCCCGCGGAGGUACACAACGCAGCCAUGGCGGCUCGCCGGAACCGAAAGAACAGUUCCGAACUGUUGUGCCCACAGAAGGGCGCAGAACCGGUUGAAACGGAGGACCAGAAGAAUGUACAGAAGAACAAGAGGAAAGCGCCGCAACCGCCGAAAGGCAAUAGUCAAGAUGGCGACCACGGGUCCCCCGCGAAGAAGGACUCCGCGAUGAAAGGCCACGAAUCCAGGAAAGAGGACGAGAUCAAUAGCAUCACCGAUUAUGCGGAUUCCUUAACUGAUUACGUGAAAAAAGCACGCGAGACCACGGAGAAAACGAGUUCGCGAGGCGAGCAGAAGCUAGAUGGUUCGAUGAUCGACGCCAGGCAUUCGGAAUCCGACACCGACAGCGAGAUGCAGAACAAUUUCACCACUAUCGAGCUAAAUUCAGCUGACAUCACGAUUCACAGGACACCUAUACCGGAGACGAACGACGACGAGGAUGACGAGGAUGAUGUUUAUAGGAAAGCGGCUAGCUUAGGAGACUUAUCGAAGUACGAAUGCAGAACAUCGGCGACUCUGGAGAGGGCACAGAGUCUGGACAUGACGGACACUGGGACGAAGAAGCGCAAGGCGCCCAUGCCUCCGGAGGACAUCAACGAGUCCACCGAAGACUUGACCAAACUCGACCAAAUGGACACGUUCGACAGACGGUUGCUCAAAAAGUCGAACGAGUGGGGCAACCUGGAGAACGUGGUGUGGCGCAAGAAGCACGACUCGGAUGAAAGAUCGAAAAAGUUGCGGACCACGAAGACAGAUUCGUUGGAACGGUCCAAAUCCGCUGCGGAGAUCAAACUGAAGGAUGACAGUGUGGCUGCGAAGGGAGAAGUCUCGGGUGACGACGAGACCAGUGUCGAGCUGUACAACCUUCCCCUGAGCAAGAGGCUCACAGAGGAAUUCAUUCGCGCGGAAAGAAUGUUCAAUCCUGACGAGGACAAUUCGUUAGCCAGGAUCGUGAACGACGGCACGGUCGUCAAAAGUCCAACGCCGGAUGAGAUGGAACGGAACUUCAAGCAAGGCACAUCGUUACCGGAUGAUUUCAACGAUGACAUCGUGGCUGCGGAUGACUCCUCGGACGAAGAGGACAAACCGGUGAACAAGGACUUCGCGACGGCUUUGAAGCACUUCGAAGCGUAUGCGGAGAAGUCGCCGAGCUUCUCGGAAUCCUCGAAGUACGAUCCGUUCCAUUUCAAGAGCUGGAAAGACGACGGUUCCUUGUCAGACGGAAAUGAACCAAUUUCGUACGCAGGGAAGAAGGAAGUCGAAGAAGAGCCAGCGACGAAAGUCUCCGUGAAGCGGGGCUGCCACGUGUGCUCGGACAACUGCAAUCGUCACGAAGCGUGCAAGAAGAGGGCGUUCUCCUCGAAACGGUCCUCUACGCCGAUACCCUUGCAGGACUAUUUCUCGAAUUCGGCGGAAGGGAAUGGCGCCGAUUCGAUGACCAUUCGGGAUGAGGAGGAGGGGAACUCCAUGUCGCAUGGAGCGACAACGAAACACGGUGGAAACAUCAGCGAAACCUCGUCGAUAGAAUUCACGUCGCCGACGAGACGAGUGAUCGAGGUCCCGACUAGUCAGAGGAUCGACCGCGAGAACGACGAGGACGAGGACGGGUACGAGUUCGGGACCGGCGUGACUGUGAACAGCAAGAACCUGUUCGAUCGCGACGACCGUCGCAACAUCAACAAUAUCAGUGUUUCCAGUGGUGAGAACAGUGAAGACAGCGGCCUGGUCGGCGAGUCGAUGGAUUACAAUCCGCAGGACUUCGACAGCCGGCCGUCCCUGCCCAACACCCCGAUGCCGCAGAAAAUGACAUACAUCACGGAGAUCAAGCUGUCGCCUAACAAAGAGAAGCGCCGAGACGAUCCCAGCGAAGACAACGACGCUCCUCGGAUAAUGGGGAGCAACGAGAGGAAAUCAGCAAACGAAAUCAAAACGACGUCGAACGGGAAGGCUUCGAACAAGAAACCGCCUGUUCCACCUCGAAGGACGGACAUGGCGAAGUCGAACAAGAAAGGCAACACGGAGAAGCAAGUCAUCUACGUGUCCGAGUACAAGACUAACGAGUCGAAGAGCGACGAGUCGGACAGUCAGGAGAUGAAGCAGUCGGACACCAGUACGAAGAAGCUGGAGCAAUGGACGUUUUUAGAGGACAAAGAACAAAAUCGAUGAGGACUACCAGUGAAUGAUCGUUGAGUUGAAUAUCGUUUGGUUGUCGAAGGACGUGAAAGUUGUUCGACAAUGACGUUCUAAUGUACAAGUCCUUUUUUCUAUUAUAUCUUCAGUAUCGAGAUGAUAACGAACGGGUUCCAACGCGAAACGCACGGCUCCGGUGCAGAUUGUUGUCGUCUUACCAUUGGAUACGUUGGCAGAUACUACGAUCAACAGCAGGAAUUGAAUAUCGUGAACAUAAGGAACAAUUCUGAUAUACUGUACUCAGCCUUUAUCGCACGGACGAAUCAGAUGUCGAUCGUUAUUAUACGUCCAUGCAGGAUAAGUCUCGAGAAAAGGAACAUUCGAAUGUCUCUAUAUAAAUAGUAACGUUUCGAUAUUUCUACGAUUGAAGACAGACGAAAAUGUCCAAGACAGGAAGUCUCACUGCUCAAGGGGACGUGUCAUGAUUUUGACACGAGAUCAAAUAUGGUUUUCGUACAUCACGAAGGUUGUUAGUGUUAUCCGGUUGCUUUAAUCCGAUUGUAAAGUUUCACAUAGUGCGGCGAAUGAAAGUGAGAAAUGUAAUGCCAAUAUCAUUUCAAAUUUAAGAAUAGAAGAUGCGUUCUAUGGGUUUGAAGAAGAAAAUUAGAGAAAGAUACCAUUCCUCGAAUAGUAUAAUGUUUGUGUUGGACAUUCUUUUUUAUCUUCAAUAAUAACAGAGACGUUUAGGUGUUUUGUUUCUUGUGGCACACCCUGUAUGCAGUGGGAAAUGGAAACAUUCGGACACUAAGGAUACACUUAAUUUGCCUGUUGAUAUUUUAGUUGUUAAUGUGAACAGUUUUCCUUCUUGUAAGUUAUUUAUUGUAGUUACGAAAUAUGUAGGGUUUAUUUAGUUAAUUCAUUAACAUUAGUAAGAUUAAUUGAAACAUUAAGUAAUUGACGAGUAACGAAUAUAUUCGUACACUUGGUAGAAAACGAUUAUUUAACGAGCAUUAUAGAUGAGAUGUUUUACCUUUGAAAUAUGUUUUAGAUAUAUACUUUUAAACAGUAAAUAUUUACAGUUUAGUUUGUUGCAUAAGUAUUUAAUACAGUUUACGUAACACAACGAAGAUCUAUUUUUGUAAUUCUUAUAAUUCAAAUAAUUAAUUAUUAUUAUUAAAAUUUUAUUCUGAUUUUAUAAUCUACUCUGAUGAAACACGAAAAUCACGCAUUUCUUCAGUUAAUAUUUACUACAAAACAAUGCCUACAAAUUAACUAAAAAGUCUCUAUAUACUUUAUAGCUAUAGUAAACGAUUUACUACAAGAAGAAAGAACAAAUUUAUUCAGUAUGUGAAUAAUUAAAAUACGAGAAGAUAAAUGCGAGUGAAUCCUGGUGUCCUAAUGUUUCUGUUACUUACUGUACAUGUAUUAUGCUCAUCCUGAAUAGAUCUGCUCUUGAACUAGUCGAUAAAAAAAAUUUUAU